AAUUAAAUCUUCACCGUUAAUUUUGAAAUAUCCAACACAUCAACACAUCUGUAAAAUUUAAAUUCGCAUGGACCUGCUUAUUAGUUCCUCUUUUUUAUAUAUUUAUUUAUUUAAACAUACCCGUGCCGUGCCAUCAUCUCUGCCAUAAAAGCGUACCUUUCUGCAAUUAGCUACACCUACACAAAUUAAUUCACUAGUAGAAUCUACAAAACACAAACACAAACACAAACACACUUCACUUCUGCACUUCAGUUCAAUGGCGUCAUCUAUCCGGUGGUGGUGGCCGAUUCAUUUCACUUCAUCUGGAUCUGUGCCGAGGUGGCUGAGUUGGCGUCGUCCGGAGCUGAGUUUAUUGUCCGUGGUGGUCGAUGACGUUGUGUGGAAAGUAGUUACGGCGUUCGAGUCAGUGGCGUUGGUCUCCAUGCUCUGUUUCUUCUUCCUCUUCUGUGGCUGCACCGUCUGAGUUUUGAUUUUUUUUACAUUAUAUUUUUAUUUUGUGAACGGUGUUAAAACUUUAAUCACCGGAAAGUUUUGAGUCACUCACCGUGUUGUUCUAGUGAGUGAGUGACGACGCAACGCAAUGGCGGAGAAAUUUAUGUUAUUACUGUUUUUUAAACAGAGGCGCGUGAUGCUCACUCGAGAGUUGUUGUGAUCAUUUGUGUUUAGUUUUGGUUUCUUCAAAGCUAAAGGCAAUGAUUGUGUUUAUGUUUGGCAGUUUAGGUUCCAAAGAUAUUUGUUUUGUUCAUCAACCAUUCAAUAUCAAACGAUCUAUGAUUUCUA